AUGUUCGACCUAACGAAGGAAUGGAAUCUGUCGUUCGCCGGCUGCGGGUUCCUGGGGAUCUAUCACAUCGGAGUGGCCAGCUGCCUGUUGGAACAAGCGCCCUACCUCAUCAAAGGUGCCACCAAGAUUUACGGGGCUUCGGCCGGUGCCCUAACCGCCUCGGUGCUCGCCAGCCAGGCAUCCAUAGGUAGGCAUCCAAUACCCAACACUGGCCCCUUGAUUUCACCGGUCCCUGUCAUCAGUGGAAUGCCUAGAUGGGGACUUUUAAGCAAAAGGGGCGCACAAGGAGUAGCCUAGUCCUCUCUUUCAUGUGUUUAGGCAACUUUAGAGAAGCAACUAAAUUAACUUUAAAGAAUAAUCACUUGUGGCCUUGAUACAUGGGGUAAAAUUAUUUAAACAAUGCUUAAAACUUUGCAGGUAUGUAUAGGUGGUUAUACUGGUGCUCCUUUGUAGCUCAGUAUAGAGCAUGGCGCUUGUAACGCCAAGGUAGUGGGUUCGAUUCCCGGGACCACCCAGACAUAAAAUGUAUUCACACAUGACUGUAAGUCUCUUUGGAUAAAAGUGUCUGCUAAAUGGCAUAUAUUAUUUUCAUGUUAUAAACUACCAAUUAUUAAUAAUUACAUAAUUACAUGGUCAGAGUCAAAAUGCCUGCCUGUUUAUAAAUAUUGUAGCCUACCAUUGAUAAAUGCCAUCUGAGUCAGUUAUAGGACUAUUGACCUAUUGGUCAUCUGGAUCAGCGGCCUCCCAAUGGUACUGAUUGAUCUCGCUGACUAGGGGAAAACACAAUCCCGAUUAAGAGCAAACAUGCCCCUGCAUGACAUAGAACGUGACAUAGUAAGCUCUUAGCUAAGUCUCUGUGUGAUACCAGGCCUCUUUCACUUUCUUUUAAACCCAAUAACCUUAUAGUGAAGAGACCAAGGACUAGUCUGAAAGGUUUCUUGGAAUCAGUCCAUACCUGGCACACUUAGUACGUGUCCCAGUUGUAUCAUGUCUAAUUGAGAGAGAAAGAGAGACAGUUAAAGAGGGUGAGAGAGUGAAAGAGUAAUAGAGGGAGACUUAUUGAGUGAACAGUCAAUAUAGGGGUCAUUAAGAGUCAAAAGAAAGCACUGGAUUGUUGUGAAAAAUUGGCAGAAGAAAGAUAGAUAUAGGUUACCGUUCAUGACAUCAGUUCUUAUAGGGUUACGUUUUUGCCAGAGUUUCACUGUGUCAGUGACUCACAUGUGUUCCACUGAUAGUGUAAGUAACAUCAUUAUUCCAGCCAGAUAAGACUACCUCAGUAUUUUCUAAUCACUUGAUUUUCUUUACUAGAACUCUGUCUGUGUGCAUAACAGUCUUUAGAUCCAUUCCGUCCAAGUGUAGAUAAGAUGAACACACAUAACUAGCUCAGUAAAGGUGCAGAGCAGUAAAUAAGUGAAAUCAGUGGAGAAAUGGGUUUUGUGAGCUACAGAUCACUGUUUAAUUCCCUUGAGAAUCAAUCUUGCUUUGAAUAAAACACAUUAUCCAAUUCCUCCCAAUGGAAGGCCCUAACACACUGUCUCUCCGUCCCUCCCCUCCUCUAGCUAAGUGCUGUGAGGAUGUGAUCGAGACGGUCAAGGAGGCUCGGAAGCGUAACCUGGGUCCCCUCCACCCCUCAUUCAACCCGCUCAAGAGCAUCAGGUCGGGCCUGGAGCGCGACCUGCCCGCCGAUGCACACACACUCGCCUCCGGGAGGCUGUGUGUGUCACUCACUCGCGUGUCUGAUGGACAAAACGUCAUCGUGUCCGAGUUCAAGUCCAAGGAGGAGCUCAUCCAGGUGAGUGUGCCUCGCUCAACCCACCUGGGCUGCUAUUCACAAAACAUAUCCGAGUAGGAGUGCUGAUCUAGGAUCAGUUUGGCCUCUUAAAUCAUAAUGGAUAAGGAGGUGGCACCUGAUCCUAGAUCAAUACUCCUACUAUGAAACACAUUGUGAAUAUGGGUCCUGAACACCCCUGAGCACUUGAGAGUUUUUCCAUAUCCCAUAUUUAUCCCAUACAUAUUUGUCCUUUCACCUACUGGCCUUGCCAUUGACUUUUUACAUAAGUUGUAUUUAGUGUAAACUGGGUUGAACUGUGUAACAUCUCUUUCUCUGGUGUGUCCACAGGCGCUACUGUGUAGCUGUUUCAUCCCCAUAUACUGUGGCCUGAUCCCCCCAUCCUUCCAAGGAGUGGUACGUUUCCUUGAACACUGUUUCCUUAUUUUCUAAGAAGAAGCAGCAGAUGUUGGACUUGGUUUAUUAUGGUCUCAUCUUUGAUGCCUUUAUUGCUCAGGUCAUAGUCAUAAGGAGGCUAUAGGUUCAAGUGUUACACAAUGUUGUCUUUUUCUGUUCGUGUGUAUGUCUGUCUGUCUGUCGGGUCUGUGCAUACACUCUGGUACUUGUCCAUUUGUCAGUCUACCCUACCCUAGUAGCUAAUCAGCCCGAGGACCAUUUCCCUUGGCAGGCCAGUGGUGUAUUAUAUACUUCCAGAUUGGCUUCUGGCCUCAGCAGAUUGGGACCAGGGAGUCCAGGGUGGCUCCAUUCUAAACUGAGUCACUAGGACAUAGGAGCACAGUCCUCCAAAACAUAAACUACCAUAUAACACUGACCUAUUUAGGUAGCUUUUUCUCUAGUAUAUUUCACUGCUAUCUGCUCUUGUUAUUCUUGAGGGCAUAUAGCUGCUAUCUGGGCAUGUCCCUGGCUCAGUGCCAAAGGAUACAUCCAUAGAACACAGGUAGAACACACUGGAUUGUACAAUAAAUAUAGGUUAUAGUUAGUGUGUCCUAUAGCCGGGUGAGUCAGGUUCACAGAUAGCUAUUUAGAGAUCCUGUUUAAACUCCUCCACCCCCGCCCAGCCGUCUCUCUCUCUCUCUCUCUCUCUCUCUCUGCUGUACAUUGUGUACCAUUCUGUCUCAGCUGUACAUUGUGUACCAUUCUGUCUGAGGUGAAGAACAGGCUCAGAGCCAAGUCUACAUUGUGACUCAACACAUUAACACACAUACCUGUCUUAUGCCCCGUCUCUCUAUAUAGAUGUAUGCCCUAUACUAGGCCUAUUAAGACCAACAUAUACAACAGUCAUAUAUGACUUAUGAACAGCAUAUCUGAGGGCAUGAAGUUCAACUUUCUACCAGUUGACUGAGCAUGUACUUUUUCAGAAUAUUGUACCAACUAUUUAUUUACCUUUCUUGUGAAAGUGAUGAAGUUUCAUUUAAAAUAGAUUUCAACACGGGACUACAUUCACGUAACAGUUGGCUAUGACACUCUGAACAAGGAAAUAUACUACAAUCUUUGCCCUCAGCCCUGAACUCUCUUUGCCAACCUCACUGCCAAAUUGAGUCUUGAUCUGGCUUUGGAACUGGCACUGCUAUCCUUUUUCCCUCAGAUGUUCUAAGCGUUUUACACUGGAAAACUAUUAAUUCAUUUGGAAAUGUUAGAGGGUCGCUCGCAUCUGAACUUGAAAUGGAGCUACAUCGUGUAAUUAUGUAAGACUGGCGUAAAAAUUGAUUAAUUCUCCAAAUAGUAAUGUCAGAUUGUUUGGUCAUGAGUUGGCAGUGUGGAGAGGCUGGCUAAUGGUAAAUAUUGUACUGACAUGCCUAAUAUGCCCUCAAAGGAGAAUGUUACCUUGAAUAUGUCGUAUCAUAUUAGAUUUCAGUGAUAACCGAGUUGGGUUAUAAGUGACGUGUUUUUUAGCAGAAGAUAGGUGGAGGAAGUCAACAACAAAUAUUUAUGAGUCCAACAACACAAUAUUCUCACUUUAUCACCCUCUUCUCGCUGCAGCGUUACGUGGAUGGGGGGAUCAGUGACAACCUUCCUCAGUCGGAGCUGAAGAACACCAUCAGCAUUUCUCCGUUCUCGGGCGAGAGCGACAUCAGUCCCCGGGACACCUCCUUCAACUUCCACGAGCUGCGAUUCACCAACACCUCCAUCCAGAUUAACCUGGGCAAUAUGUACCGCCUCAGCAAUGCCCUGUUCCCCCCAGAACCCAAGGUAGGACGCCUGCUAUGACUGCUUACCAAUGCGUUAUGCAUAGCCGCAGGAAGAUGUUUGGGGGUGGGGGUGCUGCGAUUUUUCCGCCGAGGGGGCGGAUAACGUGCUGCAGCACGUUAUAUAUGGGUUAUGAAUGUGUUAUGAAGUCCUUAUGUAGGCCCUGUUGCCAAAGGUAGGAUGGAGGAUCAGGAUGCUCCUUAGUCCCAUUCAUAAAUGCCUUAUGUAUGGGUUAUGAAUGUGUUAUGAAAUCCUUAUUUAGGUACCCUUGAAAUAGUUGUUUUCCAUGGUUCUAAACAUUCUAUACAUUUCUGUGGGAGAGUGUAGUAGUCUGGUAUGGGAGACUGGACACCUCAUAGUUUGACCCCUGACCUCCCACUAUCCUAUUCCCUGAUUAUACAACCCCAUUUCGCCCCCUACCCUGUCUCCUCUUUGGACUCUGCCUCCUACCCUUACCUCCCAUACUUCCCAUCUGAACUUUGCCCUCCCCUGUCCCUCCCUAACUCCAUAGUGAUCAAUACUGGCAGGACAUUAUUGGCUUCUGUCCCUGUUGAAUUACAUUCCCUGUAUUCCACAUUCUUCUUCACUGUCUGGAUAAUAACAUGGGAGUGAACUUUUAGCGUAAGACAAACUUUGCCCUCUUUGAGGUUGAUCUGUGUCUCUUGGUAAUAACACCGUUUUCGCUGUGUUAUUAUUGUUGCUGUAAUCCAAGAUUUGCCACCGUCUUUUCCCUUCACGUGUGCCUGGAAUGUUGUGUUUUCUGGAAUUUUGGGAUGAUGUCAUCCCUGUGGUCACAAAUCCCGCCAACAGAGCCAUGUGCAGAGGCCCUACUUAGAAUAAGUGAAUAAUGUGUUUUUCUUGACUCAGGAAACCUUUACAUUUGACAGUGUUUACAUAUGACAUGGACAGACACACACAUAGAAAACUCCACCCUAACUUUUCCCUCACGUAUAAUAAUUUAACCUACCCUGACUAACUUCACACAUAGGUAGUGUCACUGUGAAGUUACCUGGCCAGAUACCUCUCUCCCUGUGGCUUUGUUGUUGUAGGAACACACAGAAUAAGGAGUAGCCAGAGAACAGAGAGAACUCUGCCACGUUGACCUUUAACACCUAGUUAAACACUUCCUGGAUUGCUGUCCAUUCACAAAUACAGGAGCCUGUUGCCCAGGAGGGUUCAGGCUGAUAUAAGUAAUUCCCCUCUGUUUUAUGUGGUUAAAAACAGCUGUACUUGUGUAAUACAGUUGUUAACUGUCAGCAAUAACAUGAUUGCUAAUCAGUCAGUGGUAGUGAUAACAAAUGACAAAAUUAAGGUGAGAUCAUAUAUCUUGUGUGGGUAUAUCUGAGUCAUAAUGAUCCUGUGAUAUGAUUAUGAGUGUCUUACAUGUGUAUCCUCUAUCGCUUAAAUAUGAGCAGUAUAUUUAUUCAAUCUACCUCUUGCAUAUGAUCCCCUACCUCAAUAGGUAUGAUCUAUGUGUUUUCUUUGGCAGGUCAUGGCAGAGAUAUGUCAGAGUGGCUACAAGGACGCCCUUCGCUUUCUUGAGGAGAACCGUGAGUAUUACUAUGUUGCCUUUGACAGUAAUAGUGGCAGUACUAAAAUGAUAAGCUACUGUGACAUAUAUGCAGUGAGCAUCAAUGAUGUCAAUUGUACAGGGUUCAACAUGAAGUAUGGAGUAAACCAGCACUUAUUUAUUGGGGUAGUAUUUUUAUGCUGUGUUACAAAGAUUAUUCAUGUAUUGUUUAUGAUGUCAGAUCUGCUGAAGCUGGAGUGUCCGACUGUCGGCCCCAACCCAUCAGAAGCCAUACACACCUGCUGCUGCAAGCCCAUCGCCACGGAAACCACUAAGGACUGGCUGCUCCGGCGGCUCCGCCUCCUGAGGAAGCGGCACUGGUGGCUGGACGAGCAGAUUGUUGACAACCUGCCUAUCCAAAUCAAAAAAGGUAGAUAGGAGGUUAACCUAGACUUUCAGAUAUUUUCUGCUCAAAGCUGUUAGAAGCUGUUGUUAUCUAGUUAUAACAUUGUGUUGUCACUGUGCUCUUGUCAGUGACAUGUGGUUGUUGUGUGUAUCUGAAAGUCCUCUGAGGCUGUGCGAAGUGUAACAUAUUGUGUGUCUAUGACUGUAGUGUUCUGUGAGGCGUGCCAGCAGAAGCCUGGUCUGUAUGCUAAGGUGUCCGAGAUGCUGCCGGUCAGAGUGGCCUCCUACAUGCUCCUGCCCUGCACACUACCUGUGGUGUCAGCCUACUCAGUGGGCAAGAGGUAAGACUACAUCCUACACCACUAGUGCUACCUACCACAAACAAGCCCUCAAUGAACUCAAUGCGGUCACAGUAGCUCAAACAGCAACAAAUGAUGACAACAGUAAUGCAAACAAAUCAGCUUCUAAAAGCCCUGAACUAGCCUUUAGCAUUACUAGCCUUUAGCAUACAGUAGCCAAUACCUUCAAACUAUCCCUGACAGAAACCACUGACAACAAAGUAGUCAUUAGCCCACCACAGCAACCAAAUAACACUGGGAAUGCAAACAAACUAGGAAUACAAACAGGUUUCCUACUAAAUGCAAUCAAUGUGAAUGUGCUGCACAGGGACGCCAACUAGUGGGCAAGUCAAUCCACCCAGGAAUUGUUGAGAACUGGCCUCCCCUAGUGGUACAUCACAGUACAUUGACUCUGUGUUGUCCCUCUCCUGUGCUCCAGGUUUGUGGAGUGGAUCCCAGAGGUGCCUGCAGACAUGCGUUGGCUAGCUGGGGUGGCUGGGGAUGUGGCUGGGAGCGUGUACAGACAGGCCUGGAGAGGAGCACCAGCAGACAUAACCAGGUGAGAGACAUGGAAUUAUUACUACUAGGUUAUAUUAUGGAUGGAUGGAGUCUACUUGUAGAUUUGUAUGUCUGUCAUACAGUAUAAAUAAAGUCUAAUGGCCUUGUGUGUUUUUCUUUUUGCAGUGAUGGUUCCCUGAGGAAUUGCCUGAGUUUGCCUCCACCCCUGGAUAGUGACAGACACAGGGAGAGAAACGGUCACCUCGCCGGGUUCGCUCUCUCUGCUCUCGACCUCCAAAGCCAAUACUGGAACAUCCCGACCCCACCCUCUUCCCACUGCCCCACCAGCCCCCUCAUGCCCAGCCCCUCCCCACGACAGAUCUGCUUCUUUGUUGGCUCGCAGGAUGAGACUGACUGA